UUCCGCAGCGUGGCAAUGCCGGCAUCAUCAACAUCGGUAAUCCAUCAGCAACAAAGGGUCGCAGGGCGUCGCGGCGAUCAAAUAAAAAUGGCCACGUGCGACCGGGCGAGAGCUAUGCUCAGGCUAGUGGUGCUCUUCGCCGUGCUGGGGCAUGUCUCACUGGUCGACAGGUCGAACUUCAAGUCGUGCAAUGACAGCGGUUUCUGCAAACGUAACCGUAACAUGAAGCCUGGUGAGUCCCCAUACAAUGUCCAGUUGUCCACCGUCAAGUCCACGUCACCAAGUCGUGUGGAGGCAGAUGUCAUCAACUUGAACACUGGAGUGGUGCUGCGACUGGAGCUGAUUGCACUCGAAGAAGGCAUCCUCCGUAUGCGGCUCAACGAAAAAGAAUCGGCUGUUGCACGUUUUGAGCCGAAGGAGGCACUUCUUGAGAGCAUUCAGGAGUCUGACCUCCAUCUUGAGAGCAAGGACGACAGCUCCUUCGCGGUGACUUUUGGGAAGCAUCGUGCAGUUGUGCGCGCCACUCCGCUGGUGGUCGAGGUCUACUCCAACGGUCAGCUCGUCCUGGUGGCCAAUGCUCGAGGACUCCUGCGCUUUGAACACUACCGGCCACGAGGAGCUCCCAAUGACGCUGGAGAAGCUGCUGGAGACAGCCAAAAUGAGGAUGAUGAAGAAUACGUUGAUGAUGAUGACGAAGGUGAACAAUCGGCCAUUCCUCGCAUACCAGGGCCUAGAGAUGAUCCGCCGGACGAUUUGCUUGACAACCUGCCAGUUUCAGAUACUGUGCGCUCUGAUAAGAAACAAGAACAGCCUGAUGAACAUGCUAAAGAGCCGUUUGAUGAGCAUGCUGAUCAGAAUGCUGAAAACCGUGUCAACAAUCAAAUUAGCAAGAGUGCAUUCAAACAGCCAGAGGAUGCUGCUGACAAUAUGGGAAUUGAAGAGGCUGAGAAGGAGGGCAAGCCCAAAGACGAUGGUGACAUGGAAGGUGCCUGGGAGGAGACGUUCAAGGGGCACACAGACUCAAAGAAGCAUGGUCCCAUGUCAGUGGGCCUUGACUUUACAUUCGAGGGCUUUGACCACGUCUAUGGACUCCCGGAGCAUGCAGACUCUUUUGCUCUUCGCUCCACUGUUGGCUCGUCAGACCCAGUACGGAUGUACAACCUGGAUGUCUUCGAGUAUGAGGUGGACAAUGUCAUGGCUCUCUACGGCAGUGUGCCCCUUAUGCUAGCUCACAGUGAAUCCAGGACGGUGGGAGUGCUUUGGCUGAAUGCUGCUGAGACUUGGGUGGACAUUGAGCCAAACUCCAAGCAGGAAAAUGGCCAUGACAUGGGUGUGCUGUCGUCGGUUGUGGACUUCGUGAAGCGUAGCCCGCCGCCCAAUCACCGGGAGACUCACUGGUUCUCUGAGAAUGGCCUCAUCGACACGUUUUUCUUGCUGGGUCCAGGGCCAAAAGAUGUCAUGCGCCAGUACCGGUCCCUCACAGGAACCACACCACUUCCACCGAUGUUCUCAGUGGCAUACCACCAGAGCCGAUGGAACUACAAUGACCAAGACGAUGUCCGCAGCGUGGAUGCUGGUUUCGACGAGCACAACAUUCCCUACGACGCGCUGUGGCUUGAUAUUGAGCACACAGAUGGCAAGAAGUAUUUCACGUGGGAUCCAUUCAAGUUCUCCCAGCCAGAGCAGAUGAUCCGCAACCUGACAGCCAAGGGCCGCCGCAUGAUCACCAUCAUCGACCCACACAUCAAGCGCGAGUCUGGCUACCACAUUCACUCGGAGGCCACUGAGCGGGGCUACUACGUCAAGAACAAAGAUGGCGGAGACUUUGAGGGCUGGUGCUGGCCAGGCUCUUCGUCCUACCUGGACUUCCUCAACCCUGAGGUGCGACAGUGGUGGGCCAGCAAGUUUGCCCUCGACCAGUACAGGGGCUCGACAGAGCACCUGUUCACGUGGAACGACAUGAAUGAGCCCUCGGUGUUUAACGGACCUGAGGUGACCAUGCACAAGGAUUGCGUGCACACAGGUGGAUGGGAGCACCGUGACAUUCACAACAUGUAUGGUAUGUUCCUGCCAAUGUCUACCUACAUGGGCCAUCUAUUGCGUUCGGGCCACAAGCUGAGGCCUUUCAUCCUGUCACGUUCUUUCUUCAUCGGGUCACAGCGUUAUGGAGCUGUGUGGACAGGCGACAACGAUGCCGAUUGGAAGCACCUGCGCAUCACAGUGCCUAUGCUGCUGUCCCUCAGCGUGGCCGGAAUCUCGUUUUGCGGUGCAGACGUCGGCGGGUUCUUCAGGAAUCCUGACAGUGAGCUCUCUGUUCGCUGGUAUCAGGCUGGUGCCUACCAGCCGUUCUUCCGAGCACACUCCCACAUCCACACUAAGCGACGAGAACCCUGGAGCUUUGGGCCAGAAACCCUGGAGCUGGUGCGGGGUGCUCUGUACCAGCGCUAUGCCCUGUUGCCCCUCUGGUACACCCUGUUCUUUGAGAACGAGCGUACCGGCGUGCCUCCUCUGCGGCCCCUCUGGAUGGAGUUCCCCCAGGAUAAGGCUGGCUUCACAAUUGAUGACGAGCACCUCGUCGGAAAUGCACUGCUGGUCCACCCUGUUACUGAGGCUGGAGCAACUAAGGUCAGCGUCUACUUCCCGGGCGAGAAUGAAGUCUGGUAUGAUGUGGAGACCUGGGAGAAGUUCGAUGGCCUAAGUACAGUUUCAAUCCCCGUCACUCUGAGCAAGAUUCCUGUCUACCAAAGAGGUGGCACCAUUGUCCCCAAGAAGGAGCGUAUCCGUCGGUGUUCCACAUUGACCAAAGACGACCCUUACACUUUGCAAGUGGCGCUCCCGAAAGAGGGCAAACCUGCAGAGGGAAUGUUGUACAUUGAUGACGGUGCAACCUUCGAUUACAAGAAGGGAGACCUGCUGUUCCUUAAGUUCAAGUUUGCGGACAACAUGUUGACGUCCAAGAUCCUGGAGGGCCCAGGGAACUUCAAGACAAAAGCCUGGGUGGAGCGCGUGGUCAUAGCUGGCUAUCCUACGCGGCCUUCUGAUGUCCAGCUCACUACGAGCAAAGGAACCCAGAGCCUUCAGUUUACUUACGAAGAGAAGGAGCAGCUUCUAAGGGUGCGCAAGCCAGGUGUCAACAUCGCCGAGAAAUGGACGCUCAAGAUUCUUUCAUAGCCUUCGAAGCCACCACGUGUUGUGUGCAGUGGAAGCGCUGUCCACAUUUCCCGUUAACGAAACGCUUCGUUCCUGAAAUGGCAGUUUUCUUUUCUUUUCUUUUUUUCUUCUCUCCCCAUGAACAUGCUUGCCCCCACUUUAUUUUUUUAAGAAGAUCAACAUUUCAGCAUUAUAUGCCACCAUUCCUCUUUGCGCGUAUUUUAGGAAAGGGUAAACCAAGUUGGGGGGGGGGUAAUGGGGACACUUGUCUACACACAUACACACACCGGCCCCAUUGUAAAUAGCCACAGAUGUGACAUGAAAGUUUUACCUGGCUUGUAGCGUCUCGGUGACGAAAGCAGAGUGAAUGAUAUUUACAUAUAUAUAUAUAUACUGGUAUUUGCGAGUGGCUUUUUACAGCACUGCACUGUGUGCACCGAGGGCAGAUUUCGGUGGCUGUCUUCGUUCCUUUUUUUUUUUUUUUUCCCGAUUUUCUAGACCUCUUUUUUAGACUUGAGUUACAGUCUUUGCCUUUACGCUGUGCGUUUUGAAACUUAGUUUUUAAAAGUUCAAUAAACACAAUGUCUUUUGCA